ACAGUCGAUACGCUGUCUCUCUCUCUCUCUCUCUCUCCCUCUUUAGCUAUUUUCUCAUUUCUUCUUCCGCGUGUAGCCUUCAAUCUACUUGGUACUGCAGCAGCGGGUGCAUGCGCAACGCCUUGCAGACCAGCUCUACAGAUGCGCCAUUGUGCCCCAACUGUUCGCGGCCAAUGUGUGAAUACCAGAAAUUGAGAGUCACAGAGACCUAUCGCCUGCUAGCCAUUCUGCCCAGCUCCACCGUUCAGACGCCGCGCUCCGUUAACCGUCUCCAUCGGCCUACCAUAGUUCGGCUUAGAGCCUAUGCAUACACCUGCGACCUGAAGUUGGGAGCCAAAUACCUAAUCACAGGGCAUUUUGCCGGCUCUACGAAUUACGACUUUGAGUCAUGUCAUUUAAAAAGCGCCUAGGGGCACGCCGCCAGGCUACGGCUGCUGUCCCACUCAAUGAUUAUUUCAGCAGCAACGAGGAGCCAAAUACAUCGACUCCAGCUGCUUCCCUUGGGACGAUCCCAUCGAAUGGAUUCAGUCACACCAGCAAUGUCACCCCAAUUUUAACCCCAACACCUCAAGACAACGAUAAGCAAUCAAAGUCUGAAUCUGUACCUGCCACUCCGCCAGCAACUGUCUGGGACUCUGGCACUGGCACUCCAAAUAAAGUGGAACAGGCAGCCCCUCGUGUCCAGGCCGAAACAGAGCCUAGCAUGCACCAGUCGGUGGCCAAAUGGCUAAUCUCGGUGCCCACACAAAUACAGACAACAUCACAGCAGCAGCCUGAGCUGGAGCUUGAGGCUUCUGUGCAGGGCGAGGCUUCACACCAUGAACCCAUGAAUCCAAAUACCUCGCAGCAGGUGGACCCUCCAACGAAUCUCGAUAUCGAUGCCUUUCCUCCCUCUGCUAGUGAGCCACAGAACACAAUUCACAACAGGAAUCAUCGCCGUCGUUUCUGGAACCUGCCACACAAGGCUGAGGCCAACGCUCAGUCGCAGCUAAGUGGGAUGACAGAGGAAACGCCAGCCACUGGCACACACAAUUCGGGGAAAGCACCCCAGGCCCUGGCCCAUGCCACACUCGAAUCUGAGGGGCAAACCUUAUACAUGUCUACCAAUUUCCAGAGUCGACGCCGUCCUCGACGACAGAGACGUACCUUUACGGCAAAGGAUUUGAUUCAUUUGAAUACCGAUCAGGAUGGGAUGCUGAUAAUGGGAAAUGAGCCGCUGCAACCGCAAGCACUACCAUAUAAUUAUUAUUGUAGCGCUCCAGCUCUGGCUCCAGCUCCGGCUCCAGCUCUAUCGCCAUAUACUGCUACGGCUGCUGUCCCGAAUCCGAUUAUUUUAUCGGCUAUUCCAGCCUCUGCUCCUGUAGCAUUGGCCCCAGAUCUAAGCAUAUUGCCCAUAGAAGUGCUUUUGAUGCCUAAACGGAUCGAUUUCCAAGAGAACAUUUCAUCAGACGUGGUUGUCUAUCAGCCACAGACUGGCGAAAUUUUGGCACGGGCAGAUGUACCGCUGCAGGCGCAGCCACAGCCAGCUGCCAUGGAGAACUGCAACCCUAUGGUGAGCCAGUCGGUUUUUCGGCUGGCCAGCCUCCCGAGCACUGGUGUGGGAACGGACACGGAUAUAACACAGAAUGCGGUUACUACUACACAGUGGGAUGGCUGCAGCCUACCAUCUUCCAUAUCAGCUCCAAGCCAGGCAUCCCCAUCCCCCAGUUCUUGGUGCCAAAUAGAAGCGAUCCCAUCAUAUUUGUUCGCAACCCAGGAGAAGGAGGUGGCGCCUUUGUGCCCAAAUAUGGAACAGGAGACUUUGCAUUAUUCGAUCAGUUCUUUGUAUCAAAACCAGGAGCCAAAUAUUACUUCAUUCAGCGACCUGCUGAAGCAGGAUUUAAUGGACAACAGCCAGUCGAUGGACAGCCUCAAAUUGGACCAGAAUACAAACAAUGCCCAGUCCACCCUCAGUUCUGCUACCCGGGAGGAGGAAUGGGGGAAGGGAUGGAACCUCAGUCAGGGGGAUUUGGCCAGGGAUCUAAUGUACAGCCGUCCGCUGCUCAAUAUGGACCUGGAGGAUAUAUCACCCAAGGAGCAACAAUCGAGGAAGAAGGCCAUUCACGCUAUUCACAAUUCCCUUCGCAAUGAAGAUGAAAUUAAAAUCGACCAAGUAGACCCAGACACACAUGGCACAGGUCACAGUUCACCCAAGUCUUCGACUGUGGCACGCCAUCAGCUCUUUGGCCGCCGGCCAGCCAAUGAAACUCACCCAAAGCCGGACCUCAACUUUGUGCCGUCGAGCGUGAAAAAGUUGUAUCAGCUUAUAUGCUCGCAGUACUCGGACUAUGCCUUUAUCUAUGCCCUGAGCGCCCAGCUUAGCCAGGAGUGCGUGCCCAUGGACUGUUACGUCUACUUAAAAAUGGUACUGCUGGCCAGCAUUGUGUCCAUCGAGCCGGACGAGCUGAGGUCUCCCAUCUCGUUGUGCAUCAUUGCCACCGACGGCGCCAUGGCCGAUCUUCUGAUGUCCAGUGUGGGUCAGUUGGCUCCGCGCUUCAUAGGUCCUCACGAGGGCGGUCUGCAGGCCUCGCACUCAGCACUGCCUGUGCGCUACACGUGGGUGUUGGCCAGUCCUCUGCUGAUGGCCCAGCAGGGCGUUUACUAUGCCGGCGAUUGGACGCGUCUUUCCCGCGAGCAUAGCGAACAGCUGGAGAAGUCCAUCGAGAACGGAGCGGUGCCCGUGCCGCAGAUCCAGGGCGAGCAGCCACUCGAGGCCGCCAUUUGGACGCACUGGCAGCCAGAGAAUGCCACCAAUCAGACAGUAGCCUUUGCCAAGCUUUGCCCAAUAUUUGGUCUGCCCAUUUAUAUGGGGGAGCAGGUGAGCGACAGCCUGUGGAGUUUUCUGCUCCAGCAGCACAGUGAGGACGGCCAGAAGAGCGAGCAGGAUGGACUAAAUGUACCUGAAGAGGAUUUGCGCAUUCUCCUCGGUUUGUUGCACCAGCGGAAGGUGACCUUUGGGGAUGCGGCCCAAUGUUUGCUGCAAAAAUACUAUGUGAUCUCACGCAAGGAGCGACCAACUGUAUUCUCCAGUAAAACAUAUAUUGUGCUGAAACAGUUCGCCGAAUCAUUUGCCAAGCUGGCCAUGCGCCUGGAAGUCCUCGAAGCGGAUGUGAUCGUGGCCAUUUUUCAUUGCGAACACUUUGUGCAGACAAUAUUUGGUGCCAAGGAGUUGCCCGCACCAUCAGUGGAGACAUUCAGUGUGAUUUCGCACAUUGAUCCGUACAUGGACGAGUUCACACGCUGGCUGUUCAACUACCUCGAUCAAUAUAGCGAGGAAGAGCUGGGCAUUCAGGUCAAGCGCCGCAGAACCGACAGCUGGGGGGACAUGGAGUAAAUAGUUCCCCCCAAAGUUCCUACUCAAUUUACUAUUUUUUUAUUUUAUUUUUAACACUUAACGCGCUCGAAGCGAACAACCAACUGCGAUGUUUUCUUACUCCCAAUAACCAGUUGUGAUUCAUCACCAUAUUGUUGGUGCCACUAAGAUUUACAUUACCUUAGAAGAAAAAAGGUACAAGAAAUUAAGUUGGGCAAAAGAAAUGCCACUAAACGUUUUACUUUCACAUACACAUACACAUACAUACACAUUCCAAAUAUUCAGAACACCAAAUAAUCAAAACUAUAACAAUAAAUGUUAUUCAAUCCA